CAAAGAGGAGGAGGUGAAGGGAAAAUGACGCUGCAGUCGUGCUCCACAUAUCACAGCGGCAAACACCCGAAAUGCCACUUUGCACUGCUCUUCAUGAUAUGAUCAAUAAUGAUCAACACGUACCACAGCAGCAUGGCAUCGCUCCCUCCUCCAUUGCCCCCACGCCGUUCUCAGGUGCUCGUCGAGCCUCAGGCCUCGUCCGCGGGCCGCAGCAAGACCUUGCUUCGCUCGCUUCUUGGAGUCGUCGUGCUGCAUUUUCUGCUGACGGCGGGGGGAUUCAUCUUCCUAUACUACACAGGCAAAACGGAAACGACGCCACAAUUAUCUGGAGAUGCUCCUCAGCAAAGUUCAUCCAGAACCUUGGCCCGCAUGAUUGUAGCAAAACCAAAAGACCUGUCAGCACUGGACUCAAGAUCAGGUAACCUGCAGUGGGACAUGAAACACUCGGUGCGAAACAACAUCAACUACUACCACAACAGCUGGCUGACGGCCCUGCAGCCUGGGGACUACGUGGUCUUCUCCAGGGUCACCUUCUCCAAGGCCGACCCGGUGAAGCCGCUAGCCAGUGCGGUCAAGUUGAGGCGUGGCGAGUCGGCCAAGGAGACGGUGGCCAUGCUGGCCUACUGCAGCCUCGACACCUCGGGGUCCGGGUCCAACCCCCAGCUGUGCACCGCAUCCAUGGGGGAGGUGAUGUCACUGGAGAGGGGGAACCAGCUCAGCUUGUGGGUGGAGGACCGGUCACUGGUGGACUACAGCCGGGCGGCUACCAGCUUUGGGAUGUACAAACUUUAAUAGUGUGGACGAGAGGACAAAACAUAAUUUAUUCCAUUACAAAAACCUUUUGGGACAUUAUUGAGAAUGGUCCUUUUGUGGUUAUUGUUCAUCGUUACUGCAGGGCUGAUGGACACAUUUUUUUGCACUCAGGGGUCAUGUUUGAUUUUUUUUUUUUUUUAAUCUGCUCUGAAAGAAUUAAGAGAUCAGUGCAAAAUAAUCCGUUUCUCUAUAAAAUGUCUACACACUCCUGUUAAAGUGGCACUUGUUUGUGAUUAAAAAUGAAACCACAUUAAAUAAUUUCUAAUUACUAACAAAUUAUAAACACACCUGUUUUACUUUGUAGACAAAGCCUUUUGGUUUUGUGGUAUUACUGACUGCAAU